AUGGAGGCUCCCCUUGUGUGCCUGGAUGAGGAGUUCGAAGACCUCCGGCCCUGCCGGGUAGAGGACAUGGAUCGGGCUGUGCCCCCCAGCCGACCCCCCUACAGCACCAUCCCCCUGGCCCCAAUGGCCCCCCUGGCUCCCAUCACCCGCGAGGACUUCUCCGAACUGGAGAACUUCUCAGAGAUGAUGAGCUUCAAGUCCAUGGAGGACCUGGUAAAUGAGUUUGACGAGAAGCUGAAUGUCUGUUUCCACAACUACAACACCAAGACGGAGGGCCUGGCCCCUGUGCGCAACCAGUCCCACACCGAGGAGGACGAGGAACGGCUGCAGGAUGAAGAUGUGUGGGAUGCGCUGACGGAUAACUACAUCCCUUCCUCUGUCUCCAGCUGGGACGACCCCAACUCAGAGGGAUUCAACGGCAACCUCUCCGAUCAGGAGAUUCAUGAAAAAGAGGAGGAGGAGAUGAACGAGAAGAACGACAAUGCCAAUUGCCUGAGUGAGGAGCCUCUUAUCACUGCUGAUCAGGUCAUUGAGGAGAUAGUUGAGAUGAUGGAGAACUCUCCGGACCCUGGUGAGACCGAGGAGGAGGACGAGGAAGAGAGUGGACACUCCUCAUCCAAAACCAGCCCAUCCCUUCUGGAGGAGAUUAGACAGCUGUCCCAGGCCUCCAAUAACAACAUGCCCUCCUAUGAAGGCCUAAGUCUGAUGCCCAGCUCAGCCCUGGUGGAGCUGCUGUGCCGGGUGGAGUCGGCCAUCAUGGAGUACUCCGAGGAGCUGGUCACCCAGCUGGCACGCCGUGACGAGUUGGAGUUUGAGAAGGAGGUGAAGAACACGUUCAUCACGGCCCUCAUGGAUGUGCAGAACCGCCAGAAGGAGCAGCGGGACACGGGCAAGCGCCGGCGCCGGAGCGAUAAGGGCCUCAGUCUGCAGGGUAACGCGGUAACCACGACCGUGAUUGGUGGAACUACUACUACAACCACUGUCCACACGGACUCCAAGCCUGCCUCUAUGCCUAUGAAGCGUUUUAGUAUGGAGGGCCUGUCCAACAUCCUGCAGACUGGCAUCAGACAGACAUUUGGCAGCACAGGGACAGACAAACAGUAUCUAAACACGGUAAUUCCAUAUGAGAAGAAAGCAACUCCUCCAACUGUGGACGACCUUCAGAUGAUCACCAAUAUUCUUUACGCCAUGAAGGAGGAGAGUGAGAAGGUGCCUACACUGCUAACUGACUACAUAUUAAAAGCCUACCACCACCCCAGCCUCCAUCCGUUUGGUUUGUUACCAUCAGGGGGAUUGGAAUAUCUCUCUCACUGCCUGUAGUUUAUUAUAAUGUGCUGUGUCCCACUUAAAGAAUUCAAGCCAUGGGCUGCUCUCUGACGGAGACUUCUGAAAGGGCUCCCGAAUCUGGUAACCAUCCACCCCUCCUCCAGUCCAAGCUGCAUGAGCUCCCCCCUGUUUCAUAAUCAGUCAUGGAUCAUUACCAUCUAAAUCAUUGUACCAUACUCAUGUAAUAAAACUACUGCCUUUAGCUGAGCUCACCUUGUCCUUCCUGCACACUAAGAUCCGUCCAGAGCCAAAAUGGCAGCCGCCUAAAUACUAGUGUAUGGGGCCACUGUACCCCUGUUGAAGAACUGACUAACUGAUCUCUAUUCAGAGCAUGAUAAGCUAAUACUGACCACACAGUUAUACAGGGAUUCAUUUUUAGUUUUAUUUUCUAUUUUUUACAGAGAUGAUUUGAUAUCAGAUAUUAACAUGGCUAUGUUUUACUUCACUGUACCUCAGGCCUAAAAGGGGUUUGGUUCUUAUGCCAUUUUGUCUGUCUGCCCAUAUGUCACCUUGUACAGAUUAUUGAGGAUUGACGGGUUCAAUUUAAAUGUAGGAAAUCUGGACUGAACAUUUCUCUCAUUAUUCGAGGACAAUAACCUGUAAACGUAACAAAUUUGAAUAAAAAAGCCAUUGACCUUUUCUGCCAUGCUAGUACUGUAGCUUAAUAUUACGGGUGCAGUAGAUUUAAAUGUUUUUGUUAUUUCAACCAAUAAUGUUUGAAUAUUCAGUGCUCUUCAGACUUUUGAUAAUUUAUUUUUACUGUGAUCUAAUAUUUCAUAUAGGCCAUCAUGUACUGUUGUUUUGUUUAUUUUAUACUUUUAUUUAAUGAAUAAUCAGAGUAUGUGUCACCCCAUUCUGUCACAUGGAGUUUAAUCAUUGAGUUUUCAUUGUCACUGAUGACAUGGGCUCAUUUGAAUACGGUAUAGGCUUACUUAUUUAUGAAUUCCUGUGAGCCACGUAGGAGAAUAUUACAUUGCUAAUCGCAAGUUCAAAUAAACAUGCUACCCUAAAA